ACCCCAAAUGUAUCUAUGCAAUAAAACGCAUCUUUUUUUGUUCGCAUCUUUAGUAUAUAUUCUGCUCUCGGAUCAGUUACAUCAUUAGCGAUACGAAGUCGUGAAGAAAAUUUAAGAAAAAUGAAGUGUUUAUUGCUGAUAGCAUCUGUGGUGGUCGCGGUGGCAGCGCACGGUGGUCAUGACCACAGUCACAGCCAUAAUCAAUCAGAGAAAUCCGAUCAACUGCGUGCGAUUGUCAAACUGGAGGAGCCAAAUGGUGGAAAGGUUCGCGGUAACGUGACCUUCGUCCAGGAUGCUAACGGUAAGGUCCAUAUCCAAGGUGUGAUCGUGGGCAUGCCCGAGGGAGAGUACGGCUUCCAUAUCUACGAAAAAGGGGACGUCACCGGAGGAUGCGGCUCUAAUGGGGGACACUUCAAUCCUGAUAAUAAAGAGCACGGCCACCCACACGACGAGGAACGUCACGCCGGUGACCUGGGCAACGUGGUCUUCAAUAAGGACCAAGUGGCUAACGUAGACUUCUGGGACCACGUGAUCAAGCUGUCAGGACCCUACUCCAUUGUCGGCAGAGCUAUCGUCCUCCACUCUAUGGCUGAUGACUACGGCAAGACCGAGCAUCCUGACUCUAAGACGACCGGGAAUGCUGGUGACCAUGUCGCCUGCGGUGUGAUUGGUUACUGGUAACCAAGAAAUAUAAACCAUGCGUGUAUUAAAAACCUUUUGUGAUACAAAUAAAUUAUGGUACUUAUAUUCA